UUCCGUGAAGUUUAGCUAAACAUUCCUUUGGUGCGGAAGCCUUGGAGUAAUUCUGGCGGGAACAUUCUGGGGACGCUAUUCUGUCCAUUUACUCAAGUCGCUGUAACAGGUUCAAGAGACGGGGACAGACGCUGACUCCCCUGACGUAACGGAACAUCGUUAGCAAGUAAUACAGGUUAAGAUAUUCGUCCACGGUAACAUCAUGCCCAGACUAGAUUCCUGCGUAUUGGCUGUUAUCGUCCUGCUAUCAUGUUGUUAUCAUAUGACGUCAGCGACAUCCCUCAAGCACCUCCUUCAAAACAAACGAAACACAGACACAGCCGUCCCAGAAGGCCAUACAGGAAGUGAGGUGGAAGUAGACCCGCAGAAUGGGGAAAUGGAACCCCAGCCAUAUACACCUGACGCAUUUCCGCCAUGCGUGUCAGUAGAAUACCUUACAGUACUGAAGCAUAGGUUUGAAACUCAGAUUGACAGAAACAACGACGGCAGGGCAACGUUUGAGGAGAUGCGACGUCACCUACAGGACUACAACCCCAAUGUUAGGGAUGCAACCGUGGCCGACUUUAUUGGCAGAAGAGAUGAUAACGGUGACGGCAUCAUCGACUUCGUGCCUGAGUACGUGAAGAACGUCAUCACGCCGGACUACUCCGAGGAGAACGCGAAAGAGUGGUUCAACCUGGACAACACAAACGGGGACGACUUCGUCACUCGUGAUGAACUCAUGACAAUCGCCCGUCACAUAGGCACCCCCGAGGAGCAGGCCGAUGCCCAGGUGUCCGGGUACUACCUCAGCAACGACAAGAAUGGAGACGACAAGCUAGACUGGGACGAGUACAAGGUCAUCUAUGGGCAGUGAUGACGUGAAGGAAGUGGCGUCACACAACAUGUCCGUGUGGUGUUAGAACGCUACCUCGAUAUAGCCACGCCGUCAGUAGUGGUGCCGUGUCCUUGUCAACCGUUGUCAUGGAAACCGUCUCCUGACUGUGGCCCUACCAGUACUGUACUAGAUUCAACCGAAACAAGUUAUAAGACAAAGCACAUUCCAAUGACAAAUUAUCUCCCUUAGGUCCUUGACAUUAUGUUAUCUUCUACCUCUGAUCGCAGUCCUCUGGUUGUGAUGGUUGAUUGAUUUAUUAUUAUUUUCAUUAUUAUUAUUAUCAUCAUUAUUAUUAUAUACGUUAUUUGUUUUAUCUUAGUUGUUUUCAAUGGCGUUUCUCCGGCCUGUUUCUUCAUGAACACUUUACAACGCCUGUAUUCUCUUUGUAAGCAUUUGUUGUUUUGUCAUAUUUGAUAUGUGCACGCAAACUUCAAAUAAAGCCGAAGACUUGA